AAUCAAAACCUCGUUCACGCAACACAGACAGCGGACUCUGAUGCCCCGAUUCUGCGGUUCACUCGUCGUGACAGAGAGACAAUCGGAAAGUUGGAUAGAGAAAGAGGAGAGAGAAACUAGAGAGAGAAGAUGAACAAAGAGAAGGGAAUAAUGGUGCCAUAUCCUGACGACAACACCAACGAAAAGCACGGCAUCCAUGGCGGCGACGAGAACGACGCCUCCUUCCCUUCCUCCGGCAGACACUCUUCUCGCAAUGCUUCCUCCAAAUACGACUUCGUAAAGGUGAAGGUGUGGUUGGGUGAUAAUGCCGAUCACUACUACGUGCUUUCCAGGUUUUUGCUCAGUAGAAUGUUGACUGUUACUAAGAUCCCAAAUCAUGUAGCUAUAAAAAUUGCGCUCGAGCUGAAGAAGCUGCUUAUCGAUAACAGCCUCCUAGACGUGUCUCAGUCUGAUUUGGAAGCUAAUCUGUUUAAGCUUAUGGAGCGAAGGGGCUAUGCGGAGGAGUACAUAAAUCGUUACAAGAUGAUGACCAGGUUUCACCAUCAACGAGUGCCAUUUGUCAUUCUUGUUUGCGGAACCGCCUGUGUUGGGAAGUCUACCAUUGCUACCCAACUAGCACAGAGGCUAAAUUUGCCCAAUGUCUUGCAGACAGACAUGGUAUAUGAAUUGCUGCGCACGUCAACAGAUGCACCAUUGGCAUCAACUCCUGUAUGGGCACGAGACUUCAGCUCUCCUGAGGAAUUGAUUGCUGAAUUUUGUCGGGAAUGCAGAGUUGUUCGUAAAGGUUUGGCUGGUGAUCUGAAGAAAGCAAUGAAAGAUGGAAAGCCAAUUAUAAUAGAGGGAAUACAUUUGGAUCCAAGUAUAUAUCUAAUGGAUGAUGAAAGUAAAUUACCACCUGACACGCAAGAAAAGGUCAAAGAGGAAAAAAGUGAGACCGUUGUAUCAGAUGAUUCUAAAACACAAAUGGAAAACAAUUCUUCAAGUGUUUCUGUAAUCGAGAACGAAGUUUGUAAGUGUGAGCAGCAUGUUAAUUCACUAGAAGGAAUGUCAGCCAAUGAGGUGAACGAAGUGUCUGAUAGUUUGAAUGCUAUUGAUAUAAAAGGAGCUGCUCAUGAUAAUAAAGGUGAUGGUCUUACAAGUCAUACAGAUAAAUCUACUCCUGUUAAGAAAGAAAAGUCUGGUGCUGAACCUAUAAUCGUACCGUUAGUUCUAAAGAUGGCGGAAUUUGACCAUAAGGCCUUACUUGAGGAAUGGAUAUCAACUCGCACAUUUAGGGAUAAUACAUGUCUAGUUCAGGAUAAAGAUAAGCUAAUAGCCAAUUUGAAGACCAUUCAGGACUAUUUAUGCUCAUUUAAGUCACAGGGUUUGACAGUGGUCAAUGUAUCGGCAACCACAUUUCCACAAACAUUGGAUUGGUUGCACGGAUAUCUUCUUCAGUGUAUUGAGCAAGGUAUUUCAUCAGCCCCCAAUGAAAAUGGGAGGGAGGUUGGAAAGAAUUAGUUUCAUGCAGAUGCUAGCACAAAGAAAAGGUGCCUUUGUGAAAGUGGACAAAAAUGGCGAAUCAGGGCUGGGAUAGCGGCUGCAUGGUAAAUUAGAUGAAAAAAUACAUUUAUAAAACAGAGGGGAAACAGGGUUUUCGAAGGCCUUGAAGGAAUCUGUUGCAAUAUUCAUUUGUAAAAUUUAUAUCCUUGCAUGGCUUCAUCGUCAAAAUGCAUAAUUUUAUUGCUUCCUGACCAAUGCUCAUUGUUCAGCUUCUUGUGAUGCUCUGGAGAAAGAGAAACUAGCUGGGGGACGCAAAAAAUAUUGGUUGGAAAUAUAUUAUUGUCCUUGAAACAAAUCUCAUACGUGUAACAUUUGUAAAGUACGUAACAAAUUUUGCAUUUAUAUCUCUAUCGUGUACUCUCCUUGUUGCUUGGUAGCAAGUUAUCCCAUAUACACAAUACACUCAGGCUUACAUAUGCUGCCAGUUCGUUUACAUUAACCAAGGGAAGCGACUAUCAUGAGUUGUCCCAGACUCCCAGUAUUCUCCUGAGGUGUUCCCGAUAUUGUUAUUCUUAUUUUAUUUUAUUUUUUGUUUUGUUUGUGAACUUGAGAGAUUCGAAUUAUACACAAGAUGGUAUGUCAAGUGUAAAAUUAUCGCUA